AUGCCAAAAUUCGUCCCAAAGCCGUCUCGUGAGCAAACAGCUCGAGUGAAUAAGUCUCGGCCUAAGACAAGGAAAUUGACAGGCGAUCAACAUACGAUCACUCCCCCGGCUGUUGGUUCCAGUAUCCCAUUAGAUGAUAACUUCGGCGGUGAUAUUUUUACUCAAGACGGAAGGACAACUUCAAUAAAAAAUCUCUUGGUCAACAGUCCUAAGGGACUGAUCGUAUUCAUCUACCCAAAAGCACUCGAUGAUAAUGCAUAUGACCUCUACGUCGAAUUCGAUUACCAUCAGUUCAACUGGGAGCGAGCCAAUAUGAGUACAAUUGGCAUCUCCCCAGACUCCGUGUCUGCCACGGCAGCCUUCGUGAAAGAGAAGGACAUCCGGCUACCGCUUCUCAGCGAUCCGAGUAUGUCGUUGAUCAAAGCGAUGGGAUUUGUCCCAGCUAAGGGAAGAGUUCAGCAGAGUGCUUUUAUACUCUCUAAGGAUAGGGUCUUGCUCGCGAGGACAACCGGGAAAGUGGAGAAGAUUAUUGAUGAUUUAAAUCGGGUUUUGGACGGGAUUAUGGAGGAGAUGGAAUAUGAGAGUCCAGAGUAG